AAAUGAUUCAUAUUUCCAUUCUCCAGUGCAUUUGAAUAAAAAUUAACUAUGGAACCAAAAGAUGAUGAUUAUUGGAAUGAUACCGCAAAUAAGUCGUUUAAUUUUGACGACGAUGAGGUGGCCAUUCUAGAAGUACCGGGCACUAACCGGCGAAGUUUGUUUAGUGAAGAUAACACGUCGGAAGUAAACUACCCAAGCGCGCAGAGUGAGCUCCCGCUACACUUACUAAUUUCCGAGCAAGAUCUGGCGUCAGUGCUUGCAGAUCAAUCUCGCCAUGAGGUGCCGCUACCCAAGGGCAUUAGCAUAGAGGAGGAAGUCAAACUGCUAAGAAAAAAACUCCAACAUUUCAGCUAUGCCCCUUCAACGGAUUCAACAAUGGCCAUGCUUAUUCUAGGCAAACCAUGUUCGUUGGAAAUGUUUCGAUCGCUGCGCGAGAAAGAGGAUCUCCUGGAUGCCGCAAUAGCAUCCGGAAACGGGAAUGCAAUUUUGAAAGUGGUGCUAUUUUUAGAGAAAACUCUCAAGAAAAAAUUGUUCUACAGAUUGCUGCAGUUUCGCCCUGAAGCUGUCAGUCACUACAUCAACUAUAUGGCCAUUCGGCUGAGGGUCAGCGAAUGUACUGACCUACUAGUAUUUUUGGGCAGACAUCACGAAGCAAGCCUACUGCAAUUUUCGAUUUAUGUUCGAAGUACGACCAACAUCGAAUUUAAGCGACAAAGGCUGAAAAAGAUUAGCGCUGAUUACUUCUCGCAGCCCGGUGCAAACAGCUUUUAUGCUCAACUAGUAACAAACUACAUCAAUCUUAUUGAGUUUCAAAUAGCCAAACAACAUUCGGUUAGCACGGGCUCCACGGUUUCCAUUUUAGAUCGAUCCGUUCUGGAGACCCUGUUCUGCGUUUGCAGUAGUUACAAAUGGGGUGAUACGUCGCUGCAGACUAACGAAAAUCCGUUCAAAUUAGCCGAAAGUCAUCAGGUGUCCCAGUCGCAACUGGAGUGGAUCGCUUUGAAUGAACGUGCUCAGCGUCAGGCUUGGCUCGAUUUUGAGCACAUUUUUGAAAAGAAAGCGUGGCUUAAUUUGAAGCAGAAGUCGUUCAACGUGCAUAUCCCAUUGGAUAAAACAAUUCUGCGGCUGUUUGCCCUGCAUGCUCCUGAACCAGUACUUACUAACUUUCUCGCUAAGGUAGAUGACGCUCAGCGCCGACUAGCACUAGCCAGGAAGGUUAAUGCAAAGAAAGGAAUUGUCGACGCACUGGUAGCCUUAAAGGAUCGAGGAGAGCUUGAAAAUUAUCGCGAUUCUUUGGGAGCCGGUACGGGCGAAAGGUUUUAUGCUGAAAACGCACUCAAAACAAUGAACAAUAAGUGGAAAAGUGAUGCAAUCAAACUAAUUAAAUAAUAGAAUUUUUUGUAAUUUGUACCAUGUUUAUACUAAUUUGUAAUUACUAUGAUUUCCCAUUGUUGUAUUUUGGCUAAAAAAGGAAAA